AUCGAAAUGACGAAACUCUCCGGGAUUUAUGCCGCUUCCUAUUGCUUUCGGUUAUUAUUGAUCCCUCCCACCCGCCGUACAGUUCGAGGCAGCUCUCUCGUUUGUCUGUUUCCUCUUGCCCCUGUGCCCGCCAGGCCUACCGUUCACCCGAGCGCUGUUUACCGUCUGAGCCCCGUUGUCCAUUCAUUGCGCUCAGCAAGCACCAUGAAGCAGAGUUUCGAGUACCCAGAAGCCGCAAGAGAUGACACAGCAGUGGAUAACUAUCAUGGCGAGACAAUAUCUGAUCCGUACAGAUGGCUUGAAGAUCCAGAUAGUGAGCAGACAAAGGCCUUUGUUGAAGCCCAGAAUAAGGUGACUAUGCCAUUUCUAGAGCAAUGCCCGGUCAGAGGAGUAUUCAAAGAACGUAUGACUGAGCUAUAUGACUAUCCCAAGUACAGCUGCCAUUUCAAGAAAGGCAAUAGGUACUUUUAUUUCUACAACUCUGGGCUGCAGAACCAACGAGUGUUGUAUGUUCAAGAUUCCUUGGAUGGAGAACCCCGUAUAUUUCUUGAUCCCAACACAUUUUCUGAAGAUGGUACAGUUGCCCUACGAGGUUAUGCUUUCAGUGAAGAUGGAGAAUAUUUUGCCUAUGGAUUAAGUGAGAGUGGUUCUGACUGGGUAACUAUCAAAUUUAUGAAGGUGUCCAGUAGAGAAGAGCUCCCAGACAUCCUUAAGAGAGUGAAGUUCAGCUGUAUGUCUUGGACCCAUGAUGGAGUGGGGGUGUUCUACAAUUGCUAUCCAGAGCAAGAUGGUAAAAGUGAUGGAACUGAAACCUCCACCAACCUGCACCAGAAGCUCUUCUAUCAUGUCCUAGGCACCGAUCAGUCAAAAGACGUCCUAUGUGCGGAAUUCCCAGAUGAACCUAAAUGGAUGGGAGGUGCUGAGGUCUCUGAUGAUGGAAAAUAUGUGUUACUGUCCAUCCGUGAGGGCUGUGAUCCAGUUAACAGGCUUUGGUACUGUGAUUUGCAUGCACAGCCAAAUGGCAUUACUGGAAUUCUCCCUUGGGUAAAGCUAAUUGAUAAUUUUGAUGCAGAAUAUGAGUAUAUCACCAACGAAGGCACCGUGUUCACCUUUAAGACCAACCGCCAUGCACCAAAUUAUAAGUUAAUCAACAUAGACUUCAAUGACCCUGAUGAAGUCAAGUGGAAAGAACUGGUUCCAGAACACAAUAAGGAUGUUUUAGAAUGGGUGUCUUGUGUCCAUGCCAAGCACUUAGCCCUAUGCUACCUCCAUGAUGUAAAGAACAUCCUGCAGCUGUAUGAUUUAGCUUCUGGAACCCAUUUAAAGACUUUCCCCCUGGAUGUGGGCAGCAUUGUUGGGUACAGUGGUCAAAAGAAAGACUCAGAAAUAUUUUACCAGUUCACAUCCUUUUUAUCACCAGGUAUUAUUUAUCACUGUGACCUGACCAACAGUGCAUUGGAGCCAAGGGUUUUCCGGGAAGUGACUGUGAAAGGAUUUAAUCCCUCAGACUACCAGACUAUCCAGGUUUUUUACCCCAGCAAAGAUGGCACCGAAAUACCAAUGUUUAUUGUACACAAAAAAGACAUUAAGCUGGAUGGUUCUCACCCAGCUUUUCUAUAUGGUUAUGGAGGAUUUAACAUAUCAAUCACCCCAAGCUACAGUGUGUCCAGGCUUAUUUUUAUGAGGAAUCUUGGUGGGAUUCUUGCUAUUGCAAACAUCAGAGGUGGUGGAGAAUAUGGAGAAAAUUGGCACAAAGCUGGAAUCCUAGCUAACAAGCAGAACUGUUUCGAUGAUUUCCAAUGUGCAGCUGAAUACUUGAUCAAAGAAAAAUAUACCUCUGCACGGAAGAUCACUAUCAAUGGUGGUUCUAAUGGUGGCCUUUUAGUUGCUUCCUGUGCCAACCAGCGUCCUGACUUGUUUGGAUGUGCCAUUGCUCAGGUUGGUGUGAUGGACAUGCUAAAGUUCCACAAGUUCACCAUUGGCCAUGCAUGGACCACUGAUUAUGGAUGCUCAGACAACAAAGAGCACUUUGAAUGGCUAAGAAAAUACUCUCCACUUCAUAACAUCAAGGUACCAGAGGAAAAUGGAAAGCAGUAUCCAGCCAUGUUGCUUCUCACGGCAGACCACGAUGACAGGGUGGUACCGCUGCACUCUCUGAAGUUUAUAGCGACUCUACAACACGUGGUGGGCCGGAGUUCCAACCAGACAAAUCCGCUUCUUAUUUAUGUGGACACCAAGGCCGGCCAUGGUGCAGGCAAACCCACUGCCAAAGUGAUUGAAGAAGUGUCUGAUAUGUUUGCGUUCAUUGCGCAAUGUCUAGGUCUUAAAUGGAUUGAAUAAAAAAGUUGAACACUUGGGGUUUAGCUUUAAAACCAAGGGCUUUUCUGUUAAUUUUGAAGAAUUUGAUGUAUUCGUAUUUAAUAAUCAGAGUUGGAAUUCAUUACUCUUCUUGCAAAAUGCUGUCAUAGUUAACUACUCUUCAGACAUAUCAGGUAUGGACAAGUUGGGGAUAUAUCUGUGUUUUUUCUGAUUUCCACAGUCUAUCUUUGUUCUAAUUAAAUGUAUCCUAUACACCCAUACAAA